CAACGUCAUUAAUAUGCGAACGCUCCACAAUACGCACGCCUCACGAAUAUAGAAAAAUUGCACCUCACCAAGUGUCUUUCUGUGUCGAACAACAUAAACGGUGAUUGUUUUAUCGCAUUUCGUCAAGUGGAGGACCAAUAAUACCUUAUCUAAUGAUGAUUGAAGAAUAACAUCUAAAUGAAUUUGUUGGAAUUCUGAAUGAGGUGGUGAUCGAUAGAGCGGAGUGCGCAGGCCCGACAGCUACUAGCCAGUACAGCUGCUUUGGCAUCUCGCGUCGGACCACCCGACGGUAUCGUGUUUCUGGAUCACUGUUCUUAUUAUUGGGGCCUGUGAACGAUGUAAUGGUCCUAAUGAAUCUUCGGCUUAGUGUCCGGGCGCUGGCGCUUUUGAGCGUGCUGGCGCCCUCUAUUGCUGAUGGGAACAUAGGCUGUUUAUUCAGUUCAACAUUGUGCGUGGAAGGCGUGGAAUGGUGUUUCGAUGAUUUCGCUUUCGGAAAAUGCAUACCUAUCUAUGAAAGCGACGUGGAAGAGGGUUCUCUUUACCAGUAUGAUAUGAGGUCCGGUCAACUGCAGUGGUUCGAGGAAGAACUGCAACGCCUUGCAACGCAGGGAUAUCGCUGGGAGCAUGCCUAUACCCAAUGUAUCUUACAAAGCAUGCUCUACGCACUACGCCAACAACUUGAUCCAGCGAAUGUAAAUGCAAAAUUGUGUGAUCAAUUUGCUGACCCCAAAUUAAAUUCUGCGCCUAUUAGUGAUGGCGAUGAGAUGAGCGAAGUUGUUGAACCGGACGAGACAGCUUACAUUAGAUUUACGCCUAACUCUCCAUUAGGAGAUUCGGACUAUGCAAAUGAAGUAUUUAAUCCUCCUCUGACGCCAGAUAACGAGCCCAUACCGUAUUUACCGGAAGAUAACCUGGAUUUAAGAGUACCUAGCGAUAAAGUACGUGACCUGAUUUUAAUGAACGGAAUUGAAGACUCACCGGUAGUACCGUUCCAAGGGUUUCGUGAAAGGCUUCGGACCGAGACAUUGGAAAAUCCUGAUGGCAAUGAUCUUAUAGAAAAAGAAAAGAAAUCACUAAAACCUAAACUUCAACCUAAUACUGAAACAAAUGAAUUUACCGACGAGCAACGCCUUGGCGCUCAUUUUAGGAAGUACAAAACUAAACCUCCACCAUACACUGCUGAAUAUUUGACUGGCAAUCGAUUUUUGGAUGCCGAAGUACAUUCAAACGCUUUAGAAAAGUAUAGACAGAGUUUUGCCGCAAAACAGUUCCCCUUUGAGUAUGAAAAUCCGGAAGAUAUGCCCGAGUCGAGGAUUUAUUUCGAAGAUGGUACGGAAGAUGAAUUACUUGAUGCUGGGAGUGGAGAUUCCUAUAAUUCUAACGGAGGAAAAACUCAAUCAAAAUAUGACAAGAAUAACAUGGCAUAUUUAAUGAAUUAUUGGCGUGAGAUUAUUGGAUCGAAAUUGAAGCCACAAGAUGCCAUCGCAGCUGAAGGAGGACCCCUUGGCCCCGAUGAAUUGCAAGGUGAAAAUUCCAAAUUUUAUCUAUCUGAAGACUUCCAAGACUUACUUGAUAGAGAAUUGGGAUUUAAGCGUAGGGAAAGGGACGAUGUUAAAAAGCCCGGGCCGAGGCUGGACGCGAAAGCCUUAAAGAUUUUAUACAACAAUACGGGUAAAGUGACAGAAAACGAGGCACACAGCGGUAAGGCUGAAAACAACAAUGAAUACCAAUAUGAUCCGUCGUACGCCUUCGUCAAAUUUCAAAAUAGAUUCCUUACAAACUGGGAAAAAGGCAUCUCUUUCAUUGCAAGACUUGAAGAAAUGCUCGGCUUAGACAAAGAUACUUUUACUAAUCCACGUGUUGAUCCAACUGAAGUGACAUUCAAAGUGGAGAAGAAUAACAGAGGAUGGGAUGCCGAAGAAGUUGCAAGACAGAUAGGUUCUAUAAAAGAAAAAGUGAGGAAGGAAACAGGUGCACAAAUAGUUGCUAGUGGUAUUGGGGAUAGAACUCAAUAUCACGUAAUGCGCCAGGAUAUGACACGAGAACCUCAAUACUUUGGAUUGGAGUUGCCAGUACUCCUGGCGUUGGUGGGAAGUCUUGCUGUAUUAAUAGCUGGUAUGGUAGUAUUUGCAGUUCUUCUAAAGCGUGACAUGAGUUCCAAGAGGAAGAUGCAGGGACUAUCCUCUGCGGCUGAGAUCGAUGCAGAAGCGACUCGGGAUUAUCAGGUAGAGCUGUGUCGUGCACGUAUGUCUGGAAAGAUGACCGGUCAAAAUACGGCCGCUCAUCCGACGGAGGCCCCGCAACGAAUUACCUCGUUAUCGCGAGAGCCGGAGGGGAACUCGCCUUCUACUCGAUCCAGUACCUCUUCCUGGAGCGAAGAGCCCGCCUUGACUAACAUGGAUAUAUCGACUGGACAUAUGGUUUUGGCGUACAUGGAAGACCAUUUACGGAACAAAGAUCGUCUAGAGCAAGAAUGGAAAGCCUUGGUCGCCUACGAAGCAGAGCCAAACACCACAACGGCCGCCAUAAAACCCGACAACAAUGGAAAGAACCGCUACCCACUGUGCCUGCCUUAUGACCAUUCAAGGGUGACUCUGAAUCCGCUGUCGAACCAUCUCGGAUCCGACUACAUCAACGCUUCGACUAUUACCGAUCAUGACCCCAGAAACCCAGCGUAUAUCGCAGCUACUGGACCUAUGCCCCACACAUCGUCUGACUUCUGGCAAAUGGUAUGGGAGCAAGGCAGCGUUGUCAUGGUGAUGCUAACACGUCUUACGGAGAACGGACAACAGGUGUGCCAUCGGUACUGGCCUGAAGAGGGUUCGGAGUUGUACCACAUUUAUGAGGUCCACUUAGUGAGUGAACACAUCUGGUGCGAUGAUUACCUGGUCCGCAGCUUCUACUUGAAAAACCAACGAACAAGCGAGACACGCACUGUCACCCAGUUCCACUUCCUGUCGUGGCCUGAGAACGGCGUACCAUCCUCCACUAAGGCUUUGCUGGAAUUUAGACGGAAAGUGAACAAGUCUUACAGAGGACGCUCCUGCCCUAUUGUGGUCCACUGCAGUGAUGGUGCCGGCCGAUCUGGUACCUACUGCCUAAUCGACAUGGUCCUAAACCGUAUGGCGAAAGGGGCGAAGGAGAUUGACAUAGCGGCGACCCUUGAACACAUACGCGAUCAGCGCCCGCGCAUGGUCGCCACGAAGCAACAGUUCGAGUUUGUGCUGAUGGCCGUUGCUGAAGAGGUCCACGCAAUCCUGAAAGCUCUGCCGGCGCAUUUACAACAACUACAAGAGAAAAAGGACAAAGAAAAAGACAAAGACGGCUCUGAAAAGGAAAAACACAACUGAAAUAUUACGCACCGAUUUAACGCUUUUUAAACAAAUUUAAAAAUGUUGAGAAUUUCGCUAUGACAACAUUAAGGCACUAAUUUUCGUUUCUUCAUGUUGGCAAGACUGAAAGUCAUUUAAAUAUCGAAACACAUUUGAGCGCGAAAUUCUCAGACAUUUUAUUAUGUGUAUUACUUUAUUGAUACUUUUUAUAGUAUCGCAUAUACGUAAAUGUAGUCAUUUUAUAGAUUAUCUGCUUUUAUCUCAAAUAUUUAUUUUUCAAGUUAACUCUGCUAAAGUUUAUUUUGAAAAAUCUAUUUUUACACGGUCAAUUGUUGGGGUGUCUACCAUGUUAUUAUUUUUCAUAUGACCAAAAGCCUAAGGACUAAAUUAAUUAAUUUACUUAGCCAUUUUACAUAUUAGAUAAGUGGGUACUAAACUCUUAUGAUGCGGUCUAGUCAAUAACUAUUUCUUACAAUAGCUAUAAUCUAUAUUUUUGUGUGUUAAGCCGCAUUACGACAUACUUUCUUCCAAAUAUUUUCGAAUUUUUGGACACGUUUAAAAAGUUUCACAUUCUGAAUUUCUGUAAGGAUAUUACAGAAAUUAAGAAUGUGAAACUUUUUAAAUGUAUUGACAUAACCCGGAUACAAGUGAAUUGGCCAAAAAAACUCUGUUAUCUUUAGUGCUACCUGCUAAAUUGUGGCUUAAUACAUAGCUUUAAAAUAUUUUUUUACUUCAACUGAAAUCCUACUUAACCGUCGCAUUGUUAUAUAGAUUUUCGUUCACCCGUUAUUUAUUAUAUAGAAAUCGAAGUAUUUAAAAUCUUUCCACGAUCAUAUCCAAAUAACUGAAUACCUGAUAUAAAUAAUCAGAAAAAAUAUUUACACACUAUGCAAAAAUAAAUUCGUCUAACGAUCUGUGUAUAUCUAUAAAGGUUUAAUAUUGAUUGCAUAUUUUAAGAAAAUGUAAAAAAAAUAUAACAUACCCAUGUAGUUUAGAUGUAAGAGAAAAUAUAUUUAAUCGUAUUUCUGUAUGAAAUUAUAUGUAGUUUUAUGUGAAUCAAUUGAUAACUUUGUUUUGUUUAUUAAAAUGUUUUAGGGAUAAUGUUA